CAGUACAUUUUUCAGGCCAGCGUGGAUCCUCCGCGGCGGUUCUAUCGCAACCUGGACCAGCAGGCCAUCAAGUUCGGGCUGUCUCGUCCCGACCUUCUGCGCGUGGUUGCCGCGUCGUCCAAAUCGACUCCCUCAUCUUCAUCAUCAUCGUCAGCAUCUUCUUCUUCGAAGAGAUCCCUGGUCAUCAUCGAUGCCAAGUCCUCGGCCAAGACCAAGUUCUCCCAGCAGGUGCAGGUGGCCUUCUACGCCCUGUUACUGCAGGCCUUGAUCGACGAGGAGCAGAUCGACGACUUGGAGAUCGGCGCUGAGGGAGGGAUCUGGCUGAAGAACCAGCCAGCGCCGGAGUGGUUCAAGCUGGCGCCCAUCGUCUCGAUCGUGGAAGACUUCAUGUUCCGGUCCACCCCUCUCGCGUUCUCACCGUUGGAGCAGCUGCUGCGAGUGCCCAGGUCGCAGGCCAAGUGGCAGAUGACGUCGGUGUGCGAGAGUCCGUCGCGCUGCUCCUACUUCGACGUGUGCCACACCCAGACGGUCGAAGAGAAGAAGCUGUCGCAGGUGGCCUACCUGGGCCGCUCCGACCACGCCUUCCUAUUGAACCUGCGCGACACGCUUAUUCAGUACCCAAACGGCGAUGACAGAGGUGCAUCGAGUCCCGACUCGAUCAGCUACGACGACACCUUGGCGGUGCUGAUGUGUCUGAUGACCAACAGCUCCGGGUGGCUCCAACUGCCGCAGCAGCUCGUGCCGCCGGCAUCGCCCAUGCCGUCGUCGUCCUCCUCGUCCUUCUCCAAGACGACCAAGACGCUCCUCUUCUCGCCCUGGUCACCGGCGGGUACCUCCACUACGACGUCGGCAUCGCCGGCCUCGCCCUACUCGCCCACCUCAUUCGUGCCGGCCUCUCCGUACCCGCCCAGCGAGGCGACUGUCUCUGUCGAGGCAGCGGCAGCAAGCCACGAGGAGCCCCGCGACCAGCCCACAGCCGACGAAGCGCCUGCAGCACCCGACGAGGCGAGCCCGGCUGCCGUGGCGGACGCCGCCGGUGGUGGCGCGGAGUGCUCGAACCCCGCGGGGAGCGCGCGUGGAGGAAGAGGACGCGGCCGAGGAGCGGCCAAGGCCUACGACGGCGAUCGGGCCUCCCCCAGCAGCACAGCCCCAACUCGCCCCAAUAAGGGCUACUCGGCGUCGCCGCUGGUGGUGCUGCAGGACGUGGUGGCGAGGAGCCUGGCCAUCCCCGACCUGUUCCCCACCUACGACAUGGCCUCGUGCCUCCAGAGACUCGAACGGCGACGGUCCCGCUGA